CACAACUGAGUCGCCCCGUCUCGUUUACAGUGUUAUGAAAAUGCACACACAGCAUUACAGCAUGCAAUAAACUCAUCAGCGGAACCAAUACCAAAGGGCUGUCAUUAUCCACCGCGAGAAGGUGAAUCGCUGUUACACAGGAACUGCCGCUUGGUGUUUUGCAAGUAUUUGCAGUGCAUUGUUUUUUUUUUCAGUAGUAUCGUUGGUUUGCUGGUUGACAGACUGAGCUGAGAAGCUCCCCCGUGCAGCGCUUCUGCAAAUCGCAAUUCAGUUCCGGUCAUGGCCAACGCAGGUGGUGUUCAAACUAGUAGCACACUGAAUUUCAACAUCGGGGUACUGGGGCACAUUGACAGCGGCAAAACCUCGCUAGCGAAGGCGCUGAGCACCACAGCUUCCACCGCAGCCUUUGAUAAAAACCCGCAGUCCAAAGAGAGGGGUAUUACUCUGGACUUGGGCUUCUCCUCGUUCACCGUGGAUCUCCCGAUCCAUCUCAAGGAGCAAUGCGGGCAGGCGGGCUACGAGCGGCUGCAGUUUACCCUGGUGGACUGCCCUGGGCAUGCGUCUCUUAUUCGCACCAUCAUUGGAGGUGCCCAGAUCAUUGACCUGAUGCUGCUGGUGGUGGACGUGAUGAAGGGGGUGCAGACCCAGACGGCGGAGUGCCUGGUGAUCGGGGAGAUGGCCUGCCCGCGCAUGGUGGUCGUCCUCAACAAGACUGACCUGCUGCCAGCGGCCAAGAGGCAGGGAGCCAUCGACAAGAUGAGCAAGAGACUGCACAAGACACUGGAGAACACCAGGUUCCAUGGCUGUCCCAUCAUCCCGGUGGCUGCGAAGCCUGGGGGUCCUGAGGCUCCUGACACAGAGGUGGCCCAGGGGGUGCCUGAACUGAUUGAGCUGCUAAAGGCCCAGACCUACCUCCCUCGCAGAGACCCCUCAGGGCCCUUCCUGAUGGCUGUGGAUCACUGCUUCUCAAUCCGGGGCCAGGGGACUGUGAUGACAGGCACUGUGCUGCAGGGGGCAGUCUCCAUCAACGACAGCAUUGAGAUUCCUGCACUCAAGGUGACCCGCAAGGUGAAGUCCAUGCAGAUGUUCCACAAGGCGGUUAGCUCGGCCAUGCAGGGGGACCGUGUGGGGGUGUGCGUGACCCAAUUUGACCCCAAGCAGCUGGAGAGGGGGCUGGUGUGCACCCCUGAAUCGCUCCGCACCAUCUACGCAGCCGUCAUCUCUGUCAGAAAGAUAGCCUACUUCAAGGGAGCGCUGCACACCAAGAGCAAGUUUCACAUCACUGUGGGGCACGAGACCGUCAUGGGGCGGGUCACUUUCUUCAGACACGCCCCCUCGGAACCCCGCACAGAGCCAGACCCCGCCCCCUCCGCUGGGGAGGACCCCGCCCCUUUUCAGUUUGAGAGGGAGUAUCUCUACCAAGAGGAGUACCUGAUUGGCCAGCCCAGGCAGGAGGGCGGGGACAGCGACGGGAAACCCGCCGCCCCCAAGCAGCAGGACGAGAAGCAGUGGGCCCUGUUGGAGUUUGAGAAGCCGGUCACAUGCCCCCGGCUCUGCCUGGUGAUUGGCUCCAAGCUGGACACGGAUAUCCACAGCAACACCUGCCGGCUGGCCUUCCACGGAGUGCUGCUGGAGGGCUUUGAGGAAAAGAACUACCCUGAGUGCUCUCUGCCUCGGCUCCGAGUCUACAAGAGCAAGCACAAGGAGGGUCAGGUGGAGAGGGUGGCAGACGACUACACUGUGAUUGGACGAAACCUUUUCAAGAAGGAGACCAACAUCCAGCUGUUCGUGGGGUUAAAGGUCACACUGUCGACAGGGGAGCGCGGGGUCAUCGAGGGGGGCUUCGGGCAGAGCGGCAAGAUGAAGAUCCGAAUCCCAGAGGGGCUGAGUGCUGAAACCAAGCUGCUGCUCUCUGCCACGUCGCGGAAGAAACCAAAAGGAGGGAGCAAGGGGGAGCCGGCCAAAGAGGAAGAGCCCAAGACAGACUCCCAGCCAAUCAGCAUCCAGAUGUCCUUCAAGAGAUACGUGUUCGACCCCCACAAGAAAAUGGUGCAGUCCUGAUGGGACAGUUUAUUGGGGCCGUGUCUUAAUCUGAACACUCUCCGUACCCCCCCCCCCCCUUCCCUUCGCUGUCAAGCCUGAAGACCCCUGUACCGGAUAGAGGAGAUGUAAACGUGUCAUAGGGUAGGGUA